UGUCAUCUGUCAAACACACCGGCAGGCCCUUGAUCUCGAUUUCACAAUCUGUGUUUAUUUACGUUUCUUUGCCCAAAACAAUCGCUCUCCUUACCGGACCACAUCGGUCAGUGCCGCAUGUUGGUAAAAUAGUCAAGAUUGCAUAACGUACCGCACACCAAGCACGGCGCGGGCACCGGGCCAGAAAACAUUCUUCUCUCUCUCGCUCGUUUCGCGUGUGACCGGCAUCGACAAGCGCAAUGAACGAUAUCCGGGCUCUGAAGGAUCAACAGCGUGAAAAGCAUCCAGGGUUCGAUUCGUACAUCGAGUGCAUGAGCCGGUCGCUGUUUACGGGGCUGGCGACGUUUUCGCUCGGGUUCGCCGGCGUCUACUUCCUGCAACAGAUCGGCCAACGCUAUCUGCCGUACACGAAGAAGGGUAACAUACUGGUGGCAACGCUCGUCGCAACCGGUGCCGCGUACAAGGUGACCUCCGAUCGUACCCGUGCCUGCCAGGCACGGUGGAUGGCCGUCGAGGAGAAGUACAGUGUGUUGCAGGAAGCGAUCGAGCCGGCUAGCACCGCCAAAGAGACGGCAAUUUAGAAGCGGAAAACCGACAACCCGUACCCGUAUAGAUAACAAUGUUAGGAUUAGGCGUACGAUUCGUCGUACGGAAAGUGUGUGCGAAGAAUGCUGCUUUAGAAUGCUACUACCUCAAACAGUUUGCCGCCGCUACACAAUGCCACCCGAUGUUAAGCGCACACCGUGCGAAGUACACCAAUGCGAGCAAAUACAAAGGUGGAAAGUUGGCUGGACAGCGCCAGAAAGCUAUAGAAUCGGAAAGGGAGCGAUCCGCACCGGAAGAUGAACAACCGUCCGAUGGAGGUGAUAACCGAUCCGAGCUAAUAGAGGACCGUGAGUACGAUUCCGUAGCAUCCACGGCAAUGCACGUCACCAAACAGCUCCUCAACGUACAGCACGUAGCCAUCAUACAGCCGUACAUCAAGUGGGGCCCACGGAAGAAUCCCACCAAACCGGAACUGUUGCUGCAGGAAGCGGAAGCUCUCGUGCGUUCACUGCCCCGCUGGAACAUUGAGCUCACCAUGAAGGUACCGGUGGAAACGCUCGACAAGCGGCAACUGUUCGGAACCGGCAAGCUGGAGGAACUCCGAGGGAUCAUCCAAGCGCACCAAGAGUCCGGCACACCGCUCACCUGCGUGUUCAUCAGCAAGGGCACACUUACCUACUCGCAGAAGCAAUCGCUCGAGCAAGCGUUCCGGCUUCCGGUGAUGGACCGGUACUCGGUGGUGGUACAGAUCCUGCGACUGCAUGCCGUCAGCAUGGAAGCGAAGCUACAGGUGGCCCUUGCCGAACUCCCGUACAUCUGGUCCCAGGUGAAAGAUCAGGAAGGCUCACCGAAAGGCCCGGCGGGAGGGGGACGCAUCUUCUUAAGCGAUUCCCAGCGCCAAAUGCUACAGCUGCGCGAACGAAAGCUUCGUAACGAGCUUGCCACGAUACGAUCGCACCGCGAGCUGCUUCGUAACCGUCGGCGGCAGAAAAACUUUCCCGUCGUGGCGGUGGUCGGUUACACGAACGCCGGCAAAACUUCACUCAUCAAAGCACUAACGGAGGAGCAAAGCCUGCAGCCGCGUGAUCAGCUGUUCGCUACGCUGGACGUUACGGCCCAUGCUGGGCGGUUGCCGUGCAAGCUGGAGGUGUUGUACAUGGACACGGUCGGGUUUAUGGCGGACAUUCCCACGGGAUUGAUCGAAUGCUUUGUGGCGACGCUCGAGGACGCUAUGUUGGCCGAUGUGAUUGUGCACGUGCAGGAUAUGGCGCAUGAGGCGUGUUCGGAGCAACGGGCCCACGUUGAGCGUACGCUCGGUAAGCUGAUGCACAGCGGGGAACGCCCGUUAAGCCCGGAACGUAUCAUAAACGUAGGCAAUAAGAUCGAUCUCGUACCGGAUCCGUCCGCACUGGCAGUGGAAUGUAACGACUACGGUCGAUUACACCUAAUAUCCUCCCAAACGUUGGUCGGUGUGCAUGAGCUGCUGCUGGAGGUGGAACGCAGAGUGCUGAAGGUAACCGGACGUCAGCGGAUUGUGAUACGGGUGCCGAUGGGUGGUCCGGAGAUGGCAUGGUUGUACAAAAAUGCAGCCGUCACCGAAAGUGCCGCCGAUCCGGAAAAUGCCGAACGGUUGCUCGUGAGCGUCGUUAUCACGGACGCCAAGUUGCAGCAGUUUCGCCAUUUGUUCAUACGAAAACGAAGCUGAGCGGGAAGGAUUUUGGCAUUGAAAGUGUUACACUGUACAGAAGCAAAGCAUUAAAAUUGAAUAGUUGAAUUAUAACGAAAGUAUGAUCAAUACAAAAUUUCGAAACCCAUCAAAAAGGCGUCUUCCGGUCAUCAAAGCUCGUUAAUGCUAUAGGACACUUGUUAUCCAUUUUGGACGCACUUUCUCUAACCUGCGCGUCCAAUUCCUGUAUUAUUCGUAACAUGCCAUCGUACAUUUCUACUA